AAACACACUCAUUUAAAAGCUCUUGCAGUCAGGACUAAAAUUCAGAGCUGAGCUCAAGGGUUCAUCAUGGCUACGGUGUGGAUUGGGCUGCUGGUGUGUGCUUGCGUCUGCCUGAGGGUUACAGCACAGCUGCCAGGAUUUCCCGUGCUUCUUCAUCAUGAGGAGGAUGAGGAUGAGCAGCCAAAGGAAGAGACGCCAAAGCCUGGAAGUCAUGAGAUCGAGAUGCAGUAUAUGAAGAUAGACUGCAAGGUGGCGUCUCGAUUUGCUCACACAAUCAUGACAUCAACAGCCCUGAACAAAGCCAACACCUCACAGGAAGUCUUCUUCGAGGUGGAGUUACCCAAGACGGCCUUCAUCACCAACUUCAGCAUGGAGAUUGAAGGAAAGACGUAUGUAGGAGAGGUUAAAGGGAAAGAGAAAGCCAAGAAGGAGUAUGAGACUGCAGUGUCUUCUGGGCAUACAGCUGGACUGGUAAAAGCUUCAGGAAGAAAAAUGGAGAAGUUUUCAGUCUCUGUGAACGUUGCAGCCAACAGCAGUGUCACUUUCACACUUACCUACGAGGAGCUCCUUCAGCGGCGGCUUGGAAAAUACGAACUCAUGAUCCGAGUCAAACCCAAACAGCUGGUCCAGCACUUUGAGAUUGCUGCUUCCAUUUAUGAGCCCCAGGGCAUUUCAUUUCUGGACACCAAUGCCACAUUUAUCACCAAUGAGCUCCUCCCACUAGUGGAGAAAACAGUCACUGAUAAAAAGGCCCAUGUGUCCUUCUCCCCAACUUUGGACCAACAAAGGAAAUGCCCAGACUGUGAUGGGACACUGAUAGAUGGGGAUUUCAUCAUCACUUAUGACGUCAAUCGUGAACAGGAUUUGGGCAAUUUUCAGAUAGUCAAUGGGUACUUUGUACACUUCUUUGCGCCACCUGAUUUGCAACAAUUGCCAAAGAAUGUAGUGUUUGUAAUAGACAGGAGUGGGUCUAUGGAGGGCAAAAAAAUUCAACAGACCAGAGAAGCACUCAUCACCAUUCUAGAUGACCUAUAUGAAGAAGACCACUUUGGGCUGAUCAUAUUUGACGAUGAGAUAGAAAGAUGGAGACCGUCACUGAGCAAAGCUACAAAAGAAAAUAUAAAAGAAGCAAAGAAAUAUGUCAAAAGUAUAAGAGCACGGCAUAUGACCGAUAUCAAUGGAGCUGUUUUAAAUGCGGUUGACAUGCUCAAUACAGCCAAAAGAAACAAUUCCCUGCCAGACAACAGCCCCUCCAUGAUCAUUCUACUGACUGACGGCGACCCAACUGCUGGUGAGACAAAUACAGCUAUGAUUAAAAAAAAUGUCCGUAAUGCUACUGAUGGAAACAUAAGCCUUUUCUGCUUGGGCUUUGGAUAUGAUGUACACUAUGGUUUUCUGGAUGUGUUGGCCAAGCAGAAUAACGGUUUGGCUCGGAGAAUCUAUGAAGCCUCAGAUGCUGUACUGCAGCUGCAGGGGUUUUAUAAAGAGGUGGCUAGUCCACUCCUUUUAGAAGUGAACCUGCAUUAUCCAGACAGCAUUAAGAAUUCCAUAACCACCAACCAUUUCAAGCAGUUCUUUGGGGGCUCUGAGAUUGUAGUCGCCGGCCAAUUGAACGACACUCAAGCGGACACGCUUCUUGUUGAGGUGUCUGCCCAAAUGCUGGAUAGAACUUUUACAAUUCAGGGCCAAGCAAAUGCUGAAGAAUCGUCUGAUAUGUUCCCUGAACAAGAGUACAUCUUUGGAGACUUCAUUGAACAUCUCUGGGCAUAUCUGACUAUCCAACAACUCUUGAACAAACAGGACGUGUGUUCACCCGAAGAAUGCGAGAAUGUCACCGCUGAAGCACUGGACCUCUCGCUAAAGUACAACUUUGUCACCCCUCUCACCUCCAUGGUGGUCAUUAAGCCGGAAACUAACGGGGCCUCAGAAGAUACGUUAAUAGCUGACAAAUUGACAGAAGACGAGCGGUUGGAUUUUGCAGGACAAGUUUCCAGCCCCAUGUUAUAUAGUUCACGUGUUCACAGUUCACUUUUAAGUAGUGGACUUGUUGGAGCGAAAAGUCAUAAAGCUCUAAUAGCUAUGGCAGUUGAUGGAGAUCCACACUUCAUUAUUGAGCUGCCUGAUCGGAAUAAUAAUCUGUGUUUCAAUACCGAUGAUAAACCAGGCACUAUCUUCAACCUUGUGAAAGAUCCAGAUUCAGGAUUGGUGGUCAAUGGAAAAACCAUUGGCGACAAGAAGGUGAAGCCUGGAAGCAAGCAGCACACUUACUUCGGCCAAUUUGGAAUUGUUCAUGAGAAAUUCAGUAUCAAAUUAAUGGUGACAACAGAAAAGAUUAUAAUAUAUAAGCAGGACAAAGAAGAACAUCUACACUGGUCAGAAGCAUCUAAUGUUAAAGAUUUAAACAUGGAGCUUCAAAUAGUUAAAGAUCACAGCUUAACAGUAACCCUGAAGGAUACAAUCAAGUUCACCAUCAUGUUGCACAAAGUGUGGAAGCUGCAUCCCUACCAUCGAGACUACCUGGGCUUUUACACGCUGGACAGCCACCUUCUUUCAAAAAAAGUCCAUGGUCUACUCGGACAGUUUUUCCAUGGUAUAACAUUUGAAGUGAGUGAUGUCUUUCAAGGGAAAGAUCCUGACAAACCAGAUGCCCACAUGCUUGUGAAAGGCCACAGUCUCACAGUGACCAAGGGCUGGCAGAGAGACUUCAGAAUGGAUGUGGAGAAAGGAGAAAAUGUGCCCUGUUGGUUUAUUCAUAAUAACGGCAUGGGGCUUAUCGAUGGAGUCCUAGAAGACUAUGUGGUCUCCAGCCUCUUUACAACUGUUUGAGAGGGAAAAGGGACUUCAGAAGACCUGACUGAACUGUAGACAUGUUUUCAUUUUAUUACUAAAAGUAUGACAUUUUUUUAUAAAGAGAAAACCUGAUCAUGAGUCAUUAUAACAGAAAUCUUUGUAACAAACAAAUUAGAGGACUUUGACUUUGUACACAUUUGCUUCUGACAAUAAACUUUUAUGGGAUUGCUCAAGUUGCUGUCCAUUUAAUCGA